CGAGCGGCGCGAGACGGGUAUAACUCCGCGCUCCGGUCCCACUCCGUCCGCAGCGCUCCGCACCUCGGUUCCCUUCAGCUCCCCUCAGCCCCGCACCGAGCGAGCCGGCCAGAGAGACAGGGGCAGGGCAGGCAGCCGCGGAGCACGGGCUGUUAGGGAGCAAGAAUAAAGUCAGACUCCGCAGAAGUGAGGAGGCACUUCGGGGGCACCAUGACGGCGUGGCUGAGCUUCCUCGUCGUGUUCCUGUGCAGCUGGAGCCUGCGGGACUUGAUGGUGGAAGCUUGCACUUGCGUCCCCAUCCAUCCGCAGGACGCUUUCUGCAACUCCGACAUCGUGAUCCGAGCUAAAGUGGUGGGGAAGAAGCUCAUGAAAGAUGGACCCUUUGGAACAAUGCGAUACACAGUCAAGCAGAUGAAGAUGUACAGGGGCUUCCAGAUAAUGCCACAUGUUCAGUACAUCUACACAGAAGCCUCUGAGAGUCUUUGUGGAGUCAAGCUGGAGGUCAACAAGUACCAAUAUCUGAUUACAGGCCGGGUGUAUGAGGGGAAGGUUUACACUGGCCUGUGCAACUGGUAUGAGAAAUGGGACCGGCUGACUCUGUCCCAGCGCAAAGGACUGAACCACCGUUAUCACCUGGGCUGUAGCUGCAAGAUUAGGCCCUGCUACUAUUUGCCCUGCUUUGCCACCUCCAAGAAUGAGUGCAUUUGGACAGACAUGCUCUCCAACUUCGGCCAUUCGGGACAUCAAGCAAAGCACUAUGCCUGCAUCCAGAGGGUGGAAGGCUACUGCAGCUGGUAUAGAGGAUGGGCACCUCCAGACAAAACGAUAAUCAAUGCCACAGAUCCCUGAGCAGCUUUCCCUUUCUUUAUUUCCCCUCUCCCUUACUUGUGGCUGAUCUUCCUUUGGACACUAACUCUUACCAGAUCGUGAUGAUGAUAAUGAAAUUAGUGCCUAUUUUCAUGCAAAUUCUAGCACUUCGAACACUUAAAAAAGAAAAGGAAAAAAAAAAAAGGAAAGAAAAAAGUCUGUGCUACCUUACUGAAUUUGUAAUCACCUUUUCCAUUUUUUGAUACCACUCAUUUUGAUCAGACAACAUAUGGGAGCUUACUUUUGCACGCCAGAGGGAAAAUGGGAGGGAAAAAAAAGGAAAAAAAAAAAAAGAUGGAGCUCUUGCUCUGUUACAUGUAUCAUUAGCUGUAGCAACAUAAUCUCUAUUUUUUUAGGAAAACAAAAAUCUAAAAACUAUGCCAAUUAGGCACUGUAUUCUUCUAUGCGCUGGCUUCCCAUCCCCCCUCCUCAUGCACUAAGUGCUGAAAAUACAUAGAAAAAUCUAUUUUAAGGGAAACAGAUUUCAUUAAUCAGAUUAAUCAGGCAAAUGAAGCAAAAUUAAAAGAAACCCAGCCUAAACCAUGGACAAAAUGACAUCCAAAAGAAAUGUUCCUCUCUAGGAGAGAUUGGCAAUGUGAUUGACUCCAGCAAUGGGAGACUUUACCUGGUGUGUCUGACCACAUCAUCUGGUAAAAGCACUGUUGACUGACUGUCCUUGCUAAUUCAGUCACAGUGUGAAUGCAACAGCACAUUUGAAGUCCUGGCUUUACCCAGAACAAAAGAGAGUAUUUUGUAUUUUUGUUGUUGUUUCGAAAACAAAAACUCCAUCCCCUAUUUUCAGGGAGAUAAAUGCAACUACAGCAGAGCAUAAGAAGGGUUGUCCCAUCCUGUUUUGAGCAGGAAAUUUUUGCAGCUUAGCUUCAACAGCAAAACCAGCUUGUGAACACCUUAAACCAAACAGAUGCAAAAAUAACAACUGUAAAUCAGUCAUGUGCAAGAGGGAAAGGGGAGACUUGCUAGAACUCAUAUUAUUAAAAAAAAAAAGUAUUGCCAAAAUAGUGUUUUGCUGAACUAAGAUGUAUAUACACAUAAUGACAUAAGCUAUUUUUGACAGGAUGUGGAUUUUUUUUGGUGUUAUAAACAAAAGAAUGGUUUGAUUGUGUUUUAAAGACAGAAAUAUUGACAUUCCGAGUUGGUGAGUCGCUUUUAAGAUAUUGAAGCUCCAGUCUAUCUGCAGUAGUGGCUACAGUCAUUGUUUCCUCUGUAACUCCUUGCACCAGGGUUCCUCCCCUGCAGCUACAAUAGCUGCAUUUGUUUACAUGGUGAAAGGAAGUGUGUGUGUGGGCUAGGCAAGGAAAAGUGGUCUUCUAAUAAGUGUUGUCUGGGAUUGUAAAAUUUUCAACUGCCCGGAGGAUUCCUUCUGUGUCAAGUGCUGUGUUUCCCUCUAGGCACUGUUAAGCAUAGCCCUGUGCAUGUGCUCAUACCAUGUCCUGCAGUCAUGUGGGAGGAGAAGCCUUACUGUCUUGUGCUUUGCUGUUGACUGGAGAAGAUUUUUUCAUUCUAUUUUGGUUUUUUUAUUAUUAAGAAAACUAUAAUAUAAUUUUUGUUAUCAAAUAAAAGUAUUUUAAGUUUUAAUGAUGGUGAAGAAGGGGUGCUGACAAAAUGGGUGACUUAAGUUUUGGAUGGGGAGGGCUUGGGCAGGGAGAAGAUUGUGCUUAACUUCAUUUUUGUAUUAUUGUGAUUAUUUAUCUUAAGUUUCCAUAUAUCUUCCGUUCAUUCCACUUAGAAAGCAGAGCUGCCAUGAGCAGGAAAAAGUUGUUGCAGUGAUUCCAGCUUGGGGCAAUACAGCAUUUUACUGUCAGUGACCUCAGUUACUGGAGAGUUGUUUAGAACCACUUUGCCAAAUGGAAAAGAAUGGGUGUCUGAGAUGGGUCCUGAUGUGUUUUUAAGUUCCUUGCGUGCUGCCAGAGCUCUGCCAGGUGUACACCCUCUGAAACACCCUGUUUGCUGGAUGACUUGUUGCAGCAAAAAGCUUCAUUUUUAGCAUGAACUUUGAAGGGCAUUUUCACAGAAUUGCUGUAAGAAGUGCCUAGGUCCGCUGCAUAUAUUUUUUUCCCAGCAGCUCUGAGUGGCAAUGCAGUACAAAACACAUUGAAAGUCUGUUGGAUUUUCCCGUGAUUUAGAUUUGGAACACUUCUCAGAAGUCCUCUUCCCUGUGACUACUCCUAAAUAAUGGGUUGGAGAUGAGAGGGAGAGUAGGGUACUUCAUGACACCUGUCACAGGAUCAGGUGGUGGUUCAGAAAGUUGUUCCUUUUGGCAAAAUAUGGGUUUGGGCUUUGAGCCCAGUGGAACAAUCUCUGUUUGAUUUUUUCAUGGCUGACAAAAUCUGUGAGGGUCACUGAGGGCAGAAUGGAGCCAUCCUUGGUGUUUGCAUUGUUUGGAGUCAGCAUUGCAGGAUGUGGCCCUCCUCAAGCUCAAGGUGACUUGGCAAAGCUGGUGUCUGUUUGCGCUGCAGCCACUUCUCACAGCUUUGGAAGGCUAAACAAAAAUGCCCCUCAAUUCAGUAAAGUGUUGAUUUGAAUUUUCAUUAAACGGCAGCUCUGCCUAUUUUACCUGUCACUGAUUCAUUUAGCUAGCUGAGACAUCACAGUAUUGCACUCAAAUUAUUGUGAAAAUAUUUGUGUUCUAAUACUAUGAGGACUUGUGUCCCUACGUAGGAUAUAAUGUAGCUAUGUGCUUUGUAAACAACAAAACAGCAGAUGCAUUACCAGAAAGUGAAGCAUAUUCCCACUUUGUUUUGCAGACAGUAAAAUGUUUCUGAGGUGCAGACAGCUAGACUGGCAGGGGCAGAGGUUUGGCAAAUCUUUGCCCUUGCUGUGUAAAGAAACAGUUGUUAAGGCUUUUCAAAAUGUGAAGCCAAAAGGAGGGGGAAGAAUCCAGUGAAAAUACAUUUCUUUUGGGAAGCUUCUUUAUUUUGUUUCUGUGGAUGCUAUCAGGCACAUGCAUUUCUUGGGCUUGUGCUUGCAUUAAGAACCUGCCUGAAGGCACUCCUGAAGUAGAAGCCAUUACAUGGAUUGAAGAGGCUCUAAAUUGGACUCAAAGACUUCUUCCUUUCUGUCAGCUCUCCUUUCUUCUGCCUUGCUAAGUCACUUCUGCUUGCCAAUGGAGAUGUCCAGGAUUACACACACAGUCCCUGCCACCAUGCUUUAGACACACAAACAUUAUUAAAAAUACUUUAAAAAGUGCAUAGCUAAUUUCUAGACCGAAGCUGUUCAGUUUCUCAUGCAUAUUUUUUCCUUACUUGCUGUAGAGUGGUUUCCCCUUUAAAAUGACAAAAAUAGAUAUUGAAGGUUUGGGAAAGGUUAGAUUCUAUUUGCCUUUUCCAAAAUGGAGGGGGUAGAGAGUAGGAGGAGAUCUGUGCAUGGAGUUCCUUAAAUAAAGUCCUCUUUUGGGAGGCUUCUACCUCCCCUGUGUGGGAAAAAAAAAAAAAAAGCCAUUUUUAAGUCUCAAUUUCCCAUGUUUUGAAGAGUUACGUGGCUCUUUAGGUAGGACUAUUCUAAACCAUAAAUCUAUAAUUGUAUCCCAUUCAUACUUGUCAGAGUGAAAUGCUACCUCACAGUGAUGGGAAACAUACUGUUGUAUUUUUACAGUAAAGACUGUUGGAAAUGAAGGCCUCCAUGAGAACAAGUUUCCAUUCUUGCAGAUGUCUCUGAAAAUACGGCUUGCUUAUAAUGGGCUUUAUAGCUUAGAAGGACAGAACAGAAUUUAGGCAACUGCAAGAAGUUUUGGUUUUUUUUGGAGUAAGUGACUUCUGGGGCUACCAGUCUUGAGAAAAAAACCAUAAAAACCCACUAAACAUUUGCUGCUGUUUUGCUUGUAUUGACUUCUCCUUCUCUCUGGCAUUGUCCUUCCUUCAUAGAGCCACUCUGCUGUUCCUGAUAGUCACAGAAACUUGGGGAGAGAAUCAAACCCAUGUGAAAAAUCUUGUCCAGAAGGAAUGUAUUUGUUGCUAAAUUUUCUAGCACUGUUUACAGAUUUCCUCCAUGUUAUUUAUAAAUUUUAUAUUCAGUGAAUGUAUAUUGUCUUUUAAGGUAAUGUUGCAUAAUGUUCACUUUUUAUAGUGUUCUUUUAUUCUAAACAGUAAAGUGGUUUUAUUUCUAUCACAGACA